GUCAGUUUUUACGGCUUUAAUUCAAUCGGCCGCCAAUUCCAUGCCCAAAAUCCCGAAAAGUAUUUAAUCAUUUUGAAAAGAAAAAAAGAAAGUAAAAUCAGUUUCCAAGAAAUUUUCAUUUGUGAGCAGUGCCUUUAAAUCGUGCGAGCACAGAGGACUUUGGUCCUCUGCGAUUCAAUCGUAGCAGGCAGGCAUGGCUCGUCGGACGUUGGUCCUUCUCAUCUCCUCCAUCGUCUUCAAUCUCUGCGGCGCGUUUGCUUCAGUCUCCGAUGAUCACAGCCGUCCAAUGAUCCUUCCUCUCCAUCUCUCAUCCCCAAACGCUAAUUGGCACCACCGGCAAGCCUUCGACGGCCGACGUCUCCAGAGAUCGGAGCCAAAUUCUCACAUGAGGCUCUACGACGACCUCCUCGCCAACGGGUACUACACAACGCGGCUAUGGAUUGGGACACCGCCUCAGCAAUUCGCUUUGAUUGUGGAUACGGGAAGUACAGUGACUUAUGUGCCUUGCUUUGACUGUGAACAGUGCGGUAGGCAUCAGGACCCAAGGUUCCAGCCUGAUUUAUCUAGCACAUACCAACCUGUAAAGUGUGAUAUCAAUUGUAACUGUGACAAGAAAGAAGCCCAAUGCACUUAUGAGCGGCGCUAUGCUGAGAUGAGCUCUAGCAGUGGCGUGCUUGGUGAGGACGUCCUCUCAUUUGGCAAUGAAAGUGAACUUGUGCCACAGCGUGCUGUUUUUGGCUGUGAAAAUAUUGAAACCGGUGAUCUUUACAGCCAACGUGCUGAUGGAAUAAUGGGUUUGGGUCGUGGUCGGCUUAGUGUGAUGGAUCAACUUGUUGACAAGGGGGUUAUUAGUGAUUCAUUCUCAUUAUGUUAUGGAGGGAUGGGUGUAGGCGGGGGUGCCAUGGUUCUUGGCAGCAUCAAAUCUCCCCCUGAUAUGGUAUUUACGCAUUCAGAUCCUUUUCGCAGUCCUUAUUAUAACAUUGAGCUGAAGGAAAUACAUGUAGCUGGGAAGCCUUUGAAGUUAAACCCAAAAAUAUUUGAUGGAAAGCAUGGAACUGUACUGGAUAGUGGAACUACAUAUGCAUAUCUUCCAAAGGAUGCUUUUCAUGCGUUUAAGGAUGCUGUUACGAGGAAAGUCAAUUUCCUUAAAAAAAUCCAUGGUCCUGACCCAAAUUAUCAAGAUAUUUGCUUUUCAGGUGCUGGAAGGGAUGUCACCCAACUAUCAAAGGUUUUUCCACAGGUUGAUAUGGUUUUCACCAAGGGACAAAAAUUCUCACUGUCUCCAGAGAACUACCUGUUCCCGCAUACAAAGGUUAGCGGGGCUUAUUGCCUGGGAAUUUUUGACAAUGGGGAUUCGACUACUCUUUUAGGAGGAAUUGUUACACGUAAUACCCUUGUGACUUAUGAUCGAGCAAACGACAAGAUUGGCUUUUGGAAAACCAAUUGUUCUGAACUAUGGAAGAGAUUGAAUUAUAGUAAUGCUCCGCCUCCAGCACCUUCAGCAUUUGAUGGCCGAAAUACAAGUGUAGAAAUUUCUCCUAGCAUUGCUCCAAGUGGAUUGCCUGAUACAGUUAUUCCAGGUGUACUUCAAGUAGGGCUAAUAAGUUUUGAUAUGAUGCUCAGCAUCAACAACACUAUCAAACCCAAUUUCACAGAACUCGCAGAGUCUAUUGCUCAUGAGCUGGAACUUAAUAUUUCACAGGUUCGCUUAAUGAACUACACCCAUACAGGAAAUAACUUUGUCAUUAGGUGGGCGAUCGUCCCUGCUGAAUCUGCAAAUUGCUUUUCUAAUACCAAAGCAAUGGGCAUUAUUCUGCGGUUAAAGGAACAUCAAAUGCAUAUUCCUCAGAAAUUUGGAAGUUAUCAGCUGGUCAAAUUGAAGGUUGAGCCUCAAAUGAAGCGGUCAUGGUGGAAGCAACACUAUUGGGCGGUGGCAGUUGCAGUUUUAGUUACCUCCGUUCUUGGAUUAUUAGCAUUAGGGACAUGGUUGGUUUGGAAAUAUAGAUUGCAAGACAUCGUUUCGUAUGAGCCCGUUGCUGCCAGGGCCAUUGUUCCAGAGCAAGAGCUUCAACCGCUUUAAAAUCGAAAUUUUCAAAACAGUGUAGUUGGAAGAACUUCUAUUACUCACUGUGGUGGAUAUUCUGUUUCAGACAGCACCGAAAGCAUACGCAUGUGGUGGGUGCAUUGAAGAAGCUGGACAUUGGGAGGAGAUGAAAUCUGCAAUCCCUCUGUUACUCCAGUUACUGUACAAUGGAAUUUCAGUAUAGAAAAGUGGAAAGACAACAAAACAAAUAGGCAUGAUUUUGUCGAUAGAUGAAAAUAGUUGUGUAGAUCAAUCAAGUGAUGGACUUGUACGGCCAAUUGGUUUAUUGGUGUCCCCUAGCUUAAUGGCUGCCUCCCACCAACCGAAAAGAGUGAUAAUAAUUGGAACCGUGGACUGUUGCAUUAUCUUUCGGUUUUUUCCGGCCCUUUCAAUAAAAUAUUUUAUUUUACCCUCUA